GCUACUUAGCGGGAGCAACUUGUUUAUAGCCGGAGAACGAGAGAAGCCAAGGACUUUGCGGCAUGCCACUGCCCACGAGCUCAUUUUCCCAGCAGGGACCGUCGUGCUUUGAUAAGAUGAAGACGGGCUUCAUCAUCGGAUUCUGUGUGGGCAUGGCCAGUGGAGCGGUCUUCGGGGGAUUCUCGGCACUCAGAUACGGACUACGUGGUCGGGAGCUCAUCAACAAUGUGGGCAAGACCAUGGUCCAGGGAGGCGGAACCUUCGGGACCUUCAUGGCCAUUGGCACAGGGAUUCGCUGCUGAUCAGGCUGGCAUUUGACUAGAGUUACGGAAAAAAAACCCAACCUUAAGCCCUACUCCAAUCUUGUUUAAAUUACGCUAAGUUAUUGCAAUAGAGAGAUGUUAAAGAGAUACGA